AUGAAGAAGUCGCAAUGCGCGUUUGUUACAUUGACAAUCGGAUCCUCGCAUGAAAUCCAAAUACUUUCAAAGUUUUCUUUUCGCUCAUUUGAUGUCAUCCUUCCACUCGAUGAGCCUAAAAGCCCGAACAGUCGUUUAAACGCAAGUAUAUGUUCGCAACUGAAACUCCACCAGCUUGUAGAAUUGGGGAGAGUAAACGAGUACACCCUGAUUUGCUAG